UCCCAUUCUCCAUUCCUAACUUCACAAACCUCAUACACACAAAACCAUCAACAAAACCCCUUCUAAUUCUCUCUCUCUAACUCUCCCUACAUCUUCAACUUUGAUUGAUUUACUAUAUACCCAACCAUGAUUUCAUCUUGGAAAUGGCGAAGAGCGACCCGCCACGCUGGCAAGAACCGUGACACUAAGAAAAGUAUAUCGGAGAGUAUUCCAACGCCUAGAAUGCCCGUUAUUAGCUCAUUCGAGGUGUCGGAAAUUCUCGCCGGAGUGGCAGCCGCACGGCGGCGAGGGGACGGUGAAGGGUGCUUAGAAUUGGUGGCAAAGAUUAAGGCGUUGGUGAAGGAGAGCGAGCGUAACAGGCGGUCCAUGGUGGCUAAAGGAACCGGUAGUGCUCUAUCAGAGACCUUUGAGGCCUUCUCAGAGGGAAGUUUUGAUAGAAACAAUGUUGUUUUGGAGGAGAUAUUGUCAGCUUUGACAUUAAUGUUUCCACUUGAUGAAGAAGCCAUGUCUCGUCUAUCUUCAUCUGCAUCGUUGGACUGCAUUGUUCGGCUUUUGACGCUCGGAGAUUUAUCUGCGCGGAGGAACGGACUUUUGGUUCUGAGAGAGAUUGUAUCAUCGAAUCAACAGAAGAUAGAAGCUUUGGCAGAGAUUGAAGGCACAACCGAAGCUUUAUUGAAGUCGAUUAAAAACCCAAUUUGCCCUGCAACCACAAAAACUUCAUUGAUGAUUAUAUACUACAUGGUUUCGUCAUUAUCACCUUCUCGUUCAACAAUUGAUAUCAGAGCACGAUUUGUAGAGAUGGGUAUGGUGUCAUUGCUUCUUGAAAUGCUUGUAGACGCAGAGCGAAGCACGUGUGAGAGGGCGUUAGGCAUAUUGGAUGGACUUUGCAGUUACGACAAAGGAAGCAAAGAGGCCUACCACCAUGCAAUAACUAUGCCGGUUUUGGUGAAGAAGAUACUGCGUGUUUCGGAUUUGGCAACAGAAUUCUCAGUUUCAAUCCUCUGGAAGCUCAUCAAGGUUGAGGAGAGGGAAAAGGGAGGUGUUCUUUUUGAAGCUCUUGAAGUGGGUGCUUUUCAGAAGCUCUUGUUGCUCUUACAAGUUGGGUGUGGUGAGAAGACAAAAGAAAAGGCAUGUGACUUGUUGAAGCUAUUGAAUCUACAUAGGGAUAGGUUGGAGUGUAUUGAUUCUAUGGAUUUCAAGGGUCUCAAAAGGACUUUUUGAAAGCAGUUCUAAAAUGAAAAGGUUAUAUACUUAUAGCAGUGUUUGUGAUAUUUUUUCAAUUCAUUGUACAAAUAUACAAAGAGAAUUUUAUUAAUUUACAUGGCAUAUUGAAAUUCUUUCUUA